AUGGCGAUGAAGGCCGGCUCGAGCUCAGACUCGAGCUCAAGCUCGAGCACCAAGUCUCAGCAGAAGCGCAAGCGGCGGAGCGGUGGCGGAGCGUCGACAGCGCCGUCGGAGAUGUACCUGACCGACGAUGAGAUCCGCGAAAAGUACAACGUGCCGCGGAAGCGGAUGAAGUCGUACCGACGGGUGUUUGACCAGUAUGACCGCGACGGCGAUGGAGUCAUUGACGCGCGCGAGCUCAAGUCGAUGCUCGAGAUGCUCGGGACCGACCACUCGGCCGCCGAUGUGCAGCUCAUGCUCGACGCAGCAGACAUGGACUCGGACAACCUCAUCAACUUUUCCGAGUUUGUGCAGAUGAUGAUCGAGACGCAGAAGACCCACCUCUCGGAGCUGUACGAUGCCUUUAAGGGCGAGCUGGGCAAGGUCAUGGCACAUCUGGGCAAAAAGAUGUCUGCGCCGCAGCUGCGCAAGAUGCUGGCGGCUGCCGACACCGACCACGACGGGCAGGUCUCGUUUGCAGAAUUUGCUCGCAUCCUCAACUACGACGGUGACAUGUACUCGGUGGAGGAGCUCGAGGCCGCGUCGGCGGCGGCCAAGCGGCGGUCGCGUGAGCUGGACAGCACCGACUCGGACGUCGACUCGGGCUCGUCAUCGGGCACGAGCAGAAGUAAGCCGUCGCCCGGCGCCGGGUGGGGCCGAUCGUCGGCCGAUGAAUCGUCGAGCUCGUCCGUCGAGAUUGGCUACUUUAAGCUCCGCAUUCAGGCCUUCUACCUCGGCCACCGCUACAAGCUGCAUAUUGCGCGGUCGGCGACGCUGAUGAUGCUCUUGCAGCGGCUGGCGCGGAUGACCGGCUUUGCCACGUCGGCGCACCGGCUCUACUACGAGGGCUUCCACCUCGACACCGCCAAGCAGGGCACGUCGAGCCUGGCCGAGCUCGGCAUCGACGGCUCGCGGCCGGUCUUCUUCAUCUUUCUCACCGGCAAGUUCUCUGUCUCGCGCGAGGACGUGUUUGACGAAAACGACGUGCCCAAGCUCUCGGUGAUCUACGACGUGUUUCUUAAGGAGGAGUUGUUGUCCAAGGUUGUGGCGCUGGAGCUGGUGGACCGCGCGCGCGGCCUGAUGCGCAAGGAGCCCAACAUGCUCGAGCUGUGGGAGCCGAUGACGGUCGUCGGCGACAUCCACGGCCAGUUCUUCGACCUCGAGGAAAUAUUUCGGGCAGGUGGCAAGAUCUCGAGCAAGUACACGUAUCUGUUCCUCGGCGACUACGUCGACCGCGGCUACUUUUCAUGCGAAGUCAUUCUUUACCUCCUCGCUGCCAAGCUCAAGUACCCGGACAAGGUCUACCUCAUUCGCGGCAACCACGAGAGCCGCAAGACAACCCGCAAAAUGGGCACGCUCGAGGAGUGCCGCAUCAAGUACGGCAAGAAAUUCUACACCAAGCUCAUGGCGUGCUUUGACGCCAUGCCGCUCUACGCUCUUGUGCAUACUGCCGACAAGCGCAUCCUCAUGAUGCAUGGUGGCCUCUCGCACCGCAUCGAAAAGCUCGACCAGAUCGAGGCCAUCAACAGGUUCAACGAGCCGCCCAAGUACGGCCCGCUCAAGGACUGCUUGUGGACUGACCCGUACGAGGACAACGAGGUGCCUGACUUUGCCUCGCUCCCGCACGUAUGGAAUCUCAAAAAGCUCAAGCGCCGCAAGGAGCAGGCGCCGUCGUCGUUCUCGGACGCUUUCUUCCACCCGUGCGACCGCGGCUCGACCCUCAAGUCGUUUGGCUAUCCGGCCGUCGCCUCGUUCCUCAAGCGCAACAAGCUACUCUCCAUCUUCCGCGCCCACGAGCAGAAGCAGCUCGGCUACGAGCUCUACCGCUACGGGCCCGAGUAUAAGUUCCCUGGUGUUGUCACCGUCUUCUCCGCGCCCAACUACACCGACAAGUCGAUGAACCACGGCGCCGUCGUCAUCAUUCGCAAGGGCACCAUCAAGUUCCGCCUCUACCGUUGGCGCCUGCAUCCCAUCUACAACUCGCCCACAAGCCCAAGUGCCCCACUCGAGAAGGACCUGCUCCAGGAGGACUUUGUCCAGUUCCUCAACUGGCUCCAUCCCACCGUCCUCCGCAAGGUUCCGCUCAACCGCCUCAUGGAAGAGUUCCACGACAUGUUUGUCCUUGACUCGAAGCGCAAGUCGUCCGGCUCUGCCGACGAGCACCUAUGGACCUUCCUCGACGAGAAUCUCAUGGACGUCCUACAGCUCUCCAAGGAUCCCGCCAUCCGUCGCAAGUACAAGCGGAAGACUAAGGCUAUGAUGCUCUGGUACCUCGGCUAUGAUCUGUUCAAGGAGGCUCUUCUCCAGGAGGAGGUCAACGAGCGCGAUCCCGACGCCGACGAUGGUUCCGGCCACGCCUCGUCUUCACGCGGCGGAUCUUUCCUCUGCAUGUAGAUGUACAAGACUGAAACAAAUGGAACAUCCUGCAA